GCUGGCGAAUACGGAUUCUACAACUCCUAUACACUUACUCAUAAUGUGAUGUAGCCUGCUCAUCGUUACCCUACACUAAUAGAAACCCGGCAAGUCAUCUUGCUAUGAGUGCAACGUUUGUCAUAGAGUGCGUGGAGGUAUGCGCGGCUUUCGGCAAGAUUGACCUGAUGGUUGAAUAUAAAUACCUUCAACGAACGAGUGUUCAUCCUGAUCGAUCGUGCUACUCAAAACCCUGAUCAAAGAAACCCUAGAUUCUGCACAUAUCUUCUCAAUAACUUAUUCUUGCAAACUCUUAACACUACUGCUACCUACUCUCUACAAGAUGACUUCCGACCAUGUUGAUGUAGAAAAUUCCAAGACGAACGGCACGCCUACAAACAUAACCAUCGGCGAAAAGUGCGAGUUCAAGGCCUACCAUGAGACUAUCAAACUCGGCCAGAGUAAUACGGAGCUUGCCCCGGACCCCUUUGAUAGCAACUCUCACGAUGAAGAUAGCGCUUAUGCCUUAGUUAUCCGAAGGAAAUACGAGGAGCACAAGCCUAGCAAGACUACCUUGCAUGUCAACUCCCCGUAUAUCCAGAAAGCCUUCCGUGACGUGAUCAAGUCAUACAUCGCUGUUGCGUCGGACUUCACCUCUUCCGUGGAGCUUCAUGGACCGUUCGAGAUGCUCGCCCAUUACUGGGACGAGCUAGAUGAAUACCGCAGGUCUACAACUGAUGUAAUUGCACGGGAGCAUUUGGAUCUCCUCUUUGAGUUCAUGGAACACGAGGUUAAGCCCGAUCGUGACCGUGCCCUCAAGAUGAUCCAGAAACAGCAGAUCGCCUACGACAAUGCGUGGUUCAUAUAUCGCCCUGGGGAUAUCCUAUACACUGAAGUAAGCGGCCAUCCUUGGCUCCUAGUGUGUAAGAAGACGGCGUACGAAGAUAGUAAGGAUACCGGUCCUUACCUCGAAGUUCAUUGUACCUGCACAGAUGAUGAUGGCGUGGUGGCAGGCCAAAUCUUACAUGUUGCGGCUUUGAAUCAGAGAGCUGCAUUCCCAGCAGGAAACCCGGUCUCCAUUACGGAACUAGAGAUCUUCCCACGCAGGUUCGUUAAUGAAGGUGACAGCCUUGAACACCGCCUUAGGGUACGUGGGGAGAAAUACUUGUCUCUGAAAAAUCUAUCUACUGUGGCUUACGAUGGCGCUGCUGAAUGGCUCAAAGAGCCUCCUUUCGAGUACUACGAUCCCUCUCGAUGUAAAUUUCGCGGUGUAUGGCUACCAUAUACCGAAACAGGAAGGAUUAUCCUAGAUCGGAAGACAUACGGUGAGGAGCACCCUCUAGGUAAGCCCCAGGUCAAGAAAAUGGGUCCAGAGCCGAUGUACUGCCCACCAUACACUCUAGGCUACUCGCUUGGGCGCAAACAGUGGUGUCGGUUUUUCGUUGACUUUAUCCGUGAUGUUCAAUGGGAUGCGAAUGCGUGGGACUCCUUGGUGCUUCCCGACAAAGAGAAGCAUCUUCUCAGAGCUCUGAUAUCUUCCCACGCAUACUCUAAGAACCCUCGCGACUCUUUGCAGCAGAAAGGGAAAGGUCUUGUUAUCUUGCUCCACGGGACGCCUGGGUCGGGAAAGACCCUUACGGCUGAGACGGCCGCAGAAGGAAGUAAGAAAGCGCUUGUGUCGACUUCAGUUGGGGAACUCAACAAGGGAUCAAACGCAAUCUAUGGGUCUGCCACCUUUGAGAAACAGCUCAAGAAAUUGUUGCAAUACGCAACGAUCUGGCAAGCUGUGGUACUUAUCGACGAGGCCGACGUGUUCCUAGAAGCUAGGAAAGACACCGGAAAUGCCGAACGCAACACGUUAGUUGCUGUAUUCCUUAGGGAACUCGAAUAUUUCGGUGGCGUCGUCUUCCUAACGACGAACCGUAUGAGCUCAUUCGACGUUGCAAUGAAAUCCAGGAUCCACCUCUCCCUCAGCUAUACGCCACCAGAGAUUGACGUGCGCAGACGUAUCUGGUCGCAUUGCCUUAAGGCGGUGCCGGCAGACGCCAAGGAGAUAGAUAUCCAAGGAGAAGUCGACUCCUUGGUGACUGCUAAGCUGAACGGGAGGGAGAUCGCUAACGUCGUCAAUACCGCGAGGACACUGGCAAGAUUCAAUGGCGCCCCUCUCAAUCGCAGCCACCUUGACACUGUGAUAGAAAUCCAACAAGGGUUUGAUGAGAGCUUGAAGAAGGAGGAGCUUCAUUAAACAAAUUUGACUGCUUACCUGACCAUUAUGCCUGGCCUAGCCAAACCAUAUAUUCAUUUUAUUGUAUCAUUUACAUAGGGAUAUUUCGACGUCGUAAGUGCCUAGCAUAUAGUUAACUCUCAUUGAAUUUAUACUAUUGCAUUAUUAUA